GGGGAAGAGGGGCCCAAGCUACCCGGCGCAGGCCCUCCUUGAGCGAUGGCUCCCGCGCGGUACUCGCCCCGCGCUGGGGUGGCGGUCUCGCUCUCCGCGUCUGCGCGGCCGCUGCCUGGGCCAGCGUCGUGUGCCAGGCAUCCGGGGCUCCCGGUGCAGCUGGUCAGUGCGAGGCGCUGCCGGCCGGCCUGCAGGGCGCUGGCGCCGCUGGCGUCGGCGCUGGUGCUGGCAGCACGGCGCAGUGGCAGGCGCUCGGCUGCGGCGCGCCGGAGAGCGAGCGCCGAGGACAAGGACCACAACCCGAACGAUGGCAAGAAGUCGCAAAAGGGCUCUGGGGACUUGGGCAAGGAUAUCCAGGGCUGGUUCGAGAAGAAGAAGGCGCAGGGCACGGGUGGGGCUGGCGGCGCCGUCGUUGGCGGGAUGCUGCUUGGGCCGCUUGGGGCGAUCGUCGGCGCGAACGUCGGGGCAAAGCUGGGGCCCGCGGUGACUGACUUGCUCAGGACGUUCGAGGGCGAGGGAGGCGACGACCAGUCUGGUGGCGGCGGCGGCGGCGGCGGCAGCGCGCGCGCUGCCGACGAGGCCGUCGACAAGCCGCGGCGUCCCGAGGCGCGGCGGGCGGCCGCGGAGAGGAAGCCCGCGGCGCCCCAGCCGUCCGUCGACUCCGAGCUGGAGGAGCUGGUCGCCUCCAGGCGAACGCCAGGGCCCGUCGCGACGAUGCCCGAAGCGCCCGCGCCCCAGGCGGCGGCGGCGGCGGCGGCGGCGGAGGCGCCCGCCUCGGAACAGGUGGACCUGCUGAAGGCGCUCCAGCAGGGCGCGCUCAGCAAGCGCCGGAAGCUGGAGGCGGAGGUGGCUGAGCUGUACGCGAAAGCCGAGGGAGCGCUGGUGGCCGGCGACGAGGCGGCGGCUCGCUCGUACCUGGAGUCCAAGGCUACGGCCCAGAGGGCCCUCGACAGGAUACUGGAGGGCCAGAGGCGCAGGCGCGAGAGGCUGGAGUCGGAGGUCGAGGAGCUCUACGCCAAGGCCGAGCGCGCCCUGUCGGCCGGCGACGAGGCGGCGGCGCGGGACUUCCUGGCGUCCUGGAGGGGCGCCAAGGAGCUGCUGGAGCGGGAGUGCGGCAGCGAGGGCGAGCCGUGAUUGGUGGAGUGCGUGCCCCUCGCUGGCGACGCAGCGGCUCCCGGCGGGGGCGGCGGGGGGCGGCGAGCCAGGAGCUCUGGAGGUGCGCCAGCCGUGCGCCGGCACGCCCGCGGGGGCUCGAAGGGAGGGGCGCCUCGCGCUCGGCGGUCCUCGCGCUCCGC